GAUUGGGACAGUCAUUUUUGGCCUGUGAGAAUCAUUGUCCUGGUCAAAAUUUUUUAGUGGGUGUCAGUUUUUAAUCUGGGUCAGUCGAGGUGGUGAAUUGAUCUCAACUGCAGAACGCUCUAUUGUUAGUCUUGUUGCAGCUCAUCUCAGGAGACUAUCAGAUUGUUAUUAUUCUACACUUUGUGUUUAUUAUUAUUUAAAGGAAUAAAUUUGUCUUCCUGAAAACAUUCAAAAAUCAUGAUGACAAUGAUGAUGUUAGAUCAUUCUGCUGAACACCACAAUGGCUUAAAUCCUAAACCUGAUCCUGAUAUUGGUAUGCUAUGCGAAACGAGACGAUCAAAUUCAAACAUUUCAAAAGUUGUCAAUAAUAAUGGUAGUACGAAUGGUGACUACACAACACAUCCCGCCUUUCAUCAUCAGCAUAACUCUUCACCAACUUAUCCCCCGUACUCAUCAGUUGAUCGACAUUCUGCUCCACCAUCGACAAACAAGUCUCUAUCACGGCAAACAACUCCAAAUGAUUCCUGUAGUGAGAGUACAUUACGUUUACACGAUGAUCGUAAACUAUUUGUUGGCAUGUUGGGAAAGCAUCAAACAGAAGAGGAUGUACAGAAUUUAUUCGCUCCAUACGGGCAAAUUGAAGAGUGUACUAUCCUACGGGAUCAGAAUGGAAUGAGUAAAGGCUGUGCUUUUAUUAAAUUCUCAACGAAUACAGAGGCGAUAAACGCUAUCGAUCAUUUGCAUAACAGUCAAACUAUGCAAGGUGCAUCUUCUCCAUUGGUUGUAAAAUUUGCUGACAAUGAAAAGGAACGUUUAGUUCGCCGACAUCAUCAACAACAACAACAGAAUACUGUAAAUGGAUCUUCUACUCCAGCAUCUGCAGGAUAUGCUGGCAAUAAUAUGAAUCAUGCUAUGACUAAUGGUCAGUUGAAUGCAUCGAAUAUAUCAUUGCAGCAGUAUAAUACUGCACAACAAUCACUUCGUCCUUCUUGCACUAGUUAUACUGAUGCAUCGAAUAUGGCAGCCAUGGCAGCUGCAGUCGCCGCCUUCCAACAACAACAGCAGCAACCACUCGGCGCUGCCCCUGGCUAUUCAUUACAAUUUCCAAGUGGCCAGCUUACACCCGGUUUAAUGCCCUCUUCCAAUCCCAGUCCAGUUCCUAAUGGUUUACAGAAUUCCUCUGUCCAGUCUACCCAACACCAACAGCAGCAACAAGCCCAACAACAACAACAAAGUCAAAUGGCACAACAAACAGCAGCCUCGGCAUAUUUCAAUCCAAUGGCAGCGUUUAUGGCUGCAGCAGCUGCUAUGCAGUAUGCUAAUCCACAAUUAACCAACAUGAAUUCCUUGACCGAGAGUCAGGUGAAUCGUUCCACAACUAUCCCGUUACAAUUGAAUUCUAUGGUUAGCCAUCCAUCGAUUGCUGUUGCUCAGCAUAAUAAUAAUAAUCAUAAUAAUCCAUUGACAGGGACUAGUGGUGGUCAGGGAAUACCGAAUGCUGCAUUAGCCUCAUUGGCUACUGGUUGUCCUGCUGCUGCUGCCGCGGCCGCCGCCGCUACGGCACUACAAAACAAUACUCUACCUCAAUGUUCAUUGUUUCCGUUGACUGAUAUGGCAACACUAGCUGCUCUUACACAAGUAGGCAAUGGCACUUUAAUGUCUGAUGCUAUGACAACAUCUGGUGUAUCUGUCGGUAAUGAAUUUCACAAUGCCCUUACCACUGGAUUACUCAUGUCUGCAUCACCGUCAACAGUAUCACCAAGUUUUGCCAGUAUUGGUAAUACUGUCACAGGAGGUCAACCUGUCUCAAUAACUUCAUCUGGUGCUGGUAAUAUUUUAGCUUCAUCACCUGGUAUGAUGACACCAGCCGCAUCUACACCACCAACUGUCAGUCCAGGUUUGCUGACACCACAAACGUUAACCAACGAUCCAACAAGUUUGUAUGCCGCUGCUGUUGCACUACAGAAUUCAGCAACAGGUCAAACGAAUCCAAAUGCAUUACAAUUUCAACAACUACAUCCGUCAUUCGCUGCUGCCGCUGCCGCUCAAUCUGCGGCUUUAGCACAUGGUGGGAAUAAUGUGUUGAAUUCUUAUUUGACGGAGAAUGCAGCAUUACAGCAUGCUGCAGCGUUGGCCGCUGCUGCUGCAGCAGCAUCAGGACAAUCGUUUGUCAGUGAUCCUAUGCAUCAAUUGUAUGCUGGUCUUCAAGCCUAUGGUUUAGCUUAUCCUGCUGCAGGAGCCGCGUAUACUUCAUUCUCUAAUUUGCAUCAUCAAGCCUUGUCUAUGCCAGUUCAACAGAAAGAAGGUACCAGGGAACUCAUAUUGACAGGUCCUGAAGGGUGUAAUUUGUUCAUUUAUCAUUUGCCACAAGAGUUUGGUGAUCAUGAAUUAGCUCAAAUGUUUAUGCCAUUCGGAACACUGAUCAGUGCAAAGGUGUAUGUGGAUCGUGUCACACUUCAGAGCAAAUGUUUCGGUUUUGUCAGUUUCGACAAUCAUACAAGUGCACAGAAUGCAAUUCAAGCAAUGAAUGGUUUUCAAAUUGGCAUGAAACGAUUGAAAGUUCAACUGAAACGACCAAAAGGCAGUAACCCAUCGUCAAAUUCAUCGUCGAACAGAAAAUCUCGUGAUACACGUGAGUCAGGACAAAAACAAGGUGCAGGCUUGACUGCUACUACUACUACUACUGCUAUUCCACCGUCUGGGGACAUCAACACGACAAUAAUAACAACUACGACAACAACAACGCCAACCACCACUCCUCCGACUUUAUAUUCUGAGAUAGUCGCAAACCCUACGGAAACAGUCACCAUUCAAACACCACCGCAACAGCCAACAGUAGUGCCAGCGGUAUGAAAAAAGGCAACUAGAAGACGAAGAAGACGGAGGUCGAUAUUGGUGAUGGUGUUAAACAUCAUCACAACAGUUCUACCUGCCCCCCCCCCAUUUUUUAUAUUCCAAUAACAAGUUCUGACUAUUGUAAUCUUUAUCUUUACUGUUUCUAAUACACCAUGGUUAGGUUACUAUUGCAGCUAUAUUACUAUUAUUAUUAUUAUUACAACAACUACUACUACCAUUAAUGAAUAUAAUCACUCCAUUCGUCGUCAUUCUCUUUAUUAUUUUCAAAUUUUUUGCAUCCUGCCUCUUCCCUCUUCCCUCUUGUAUUCACAUUCUUCUUCAUUCUACUUUCCCUUCCGACCGACCGGCCGCCGCCUCGCCUCCUUCCUCCUUCUUCGUCGUCUUCUCAAUGUCCGUCAGAGCGAGCGAGAGAGAUAGAGAGAAUCUUCUGUCUUUUUUCCUUUCAAAAAAACAGACAAACAAACAUGCGGCACUCUUGUUCAAUGAUCAAUUGAAAUUAGAUUUUUAUAUAUAUUUAUUAGUAAUUCUAUAUAUUCAAAAAGAAUAUCCAUCCAUCUAUGCAUCUAUUCACAUCCAUCUUUCUAUCUAUAUGCAUACAUAAACACAUAGCCAUUUGUUAUAUGCUUAGUAUCUCUCUCUAUUUUUGUUUAACAACUUUUAGGAUGUGGAGGGCAAAAAACUUUCCACACAAAAACAAAAACACAUAAACAGCAAAAAAAAAUAAUCAAGAGGGUAUUCUUAUUACUAUUCUUUAUACGAGAAAUAUUAAAUAAAGGUCUUAUUUUUAUUUUUAUUAAAAAAACACAUUUGCACAUACACACGAAAUGAUGAGGAUAUUAUGCCGAAUGGAUGAUAUCACUAUAUUUGACAAGUGUUUAUAUUAUCAGCGCAGAGGUAGUAGGUGGUAGGUGGCUCUCCUCAAAUCAUCGUCCGUCAUCGCCAUCAUCAUCAUCGUCAUCAUCUUUCACUGAUUGUCACCAUGGUCGUCACCUUAUUAUUAUUAUUGUUAUUACUACUACGCCUCUUUUCUCAUUUUCUCCACUUGUGUAACUCAUCUCCUCCUCUUCUUAUUCCUUCUUCUUCUCUUUUUUCUUUCUAUCAUCGACUUUUUUCCACCUCUUGAUAUGUACAUGUUUUUUUUCCAGUUCUUAACACGAUAAUUUGAGUGUAUAUGUGCAUUUCUGAAGUUGACGCGAGGUAGGCAGGUAGGUACCUUCCUGAUAUCCUCAGUCGUCGGUGUUGCUCUUCUUGAUCUUCUUCUGGUCCUCUUUCUGAUGAAUAUUUUGGUAAAUUUUGCUAUGAGACUACUACUACUACUACUUAUUUACUCUUCGUAUAUAUUAUUAGUAGUAUGUUCACUAGGAUUAUUUCUUUGUAGAAAUAUUCCUCUUUUUGUUACUAUGUGAGAACAUGAUGAUGAUGAUGAUGUGAGGGGCAAGAAAAAUGAUGAUGGACAGGUUUAAAAAAUAUUUUUUUGUAUCAGUCUGUCUCUUUUUUUACCCCUUUUUCUUUCUUUCUUAAUGAGCCAAUUUCUUUCUUCCCUUCAUCAGACAGACUUGUGUUUUAUUUUUGCGUUAUAUGUAAUGAGAUGCCGCUAUGACGACUAUUUUGACUAAUGCUGAUGAGAAGGGGGAGGAGGAGGGGUGUGCUGUGUGUUGUUGUCGAUGCUCUCUUUUGUAUCUCGCUCUGUAUGUAUCACAUGCAGUAGUAGUGGAUUGAAUAAACCUCACUCCCCCCCCUUUCUCUUUCUCUCUACAUAUAUAUUUUUUCCAAUUAAGAAUGCAACAACCGUCUCAAAAAUAGAAGAGAUAGCGGGUUUUUAUUCGUAAUGUGACGAUGGAGCAUGUAUGGACAAAUCAUUCCUAUGAGAAUUUUUCGAUUUUUUGUUUUUUUGGUUAGAUAAAUAAAAUAUAUAAGGAAG